AUGUCUUCACCUCUUCGGGUUCAUAUACCCACUCUGUCAUUUCCGAUCGCGUCGAGCUUCGUCAGCUCGCCUUCAAGUUCGAUAGCCGAUGACGCUACCUUACACAGCUUUACUUGUCCUAUUCAUCAUUCACAAGGCGCAAACUGCCAUGUUAGCAUUCCCUCGUUGCCCGACCAUGUAUCCGGCCGUAAGACGUGGCGCAGGUUCGUCAAGCUUCACUGGCACCACAAGUCUUAUCCAAAGGCGCGUUCGUACAACGACGAUGUUGCCAGCUGCGUCAUACCGUUCGUAGCAACGUCUUCAGCGCCAUCCAUCGUCUCAUCGCGGUGCAAGUCGCUGCCGGAACCUCCCACGAACGAUGGUAUCCCCAUGACACCACCAGCCACGGCCGCCUCAUCCUGUUUUUCGGGAAUCACGCUCGUGAAUUCCGGAGAUAGAGAAUCCUGCUUAUCCGACCACUGUGCAUCGAAGCGGGGGGCGCCAGUCGGGUUUCAUUGCUGUGACGCAUCCACGCCGAAAAUUUAUGACCCCACCUCACGCUGCUUUCGCAAAUGUUCUCCUACUCCCAUGCCCUCCUCUCCCUCCAACUCUCCACCUCUCUCCCCUCUACUCGACCUCUGCCCCGCUUAUAUCUCGAGCCCACCAACACUCGCCCCGAUCCCUCAUUUCGCUCUCGAUAUCCCAGGAUUGUACGAAGAAGUGAAUGCCACUCCCGACCCGCCUGGUGGUUUGGACCUUGGUCGUAUUACCGCAGAUGCUGCGCGUCAGGCCAGGAUGCGCCGGCGCAAGUUCCGACUCGCGUACACUGCAUCGCCGCACCUCCCGUGCGAGUAUCCCGAUGGGGAUGAAAUUCCGUUGGUGGUCGCGCGCCCAUGA